AUGUUUGAGUGGCAGGACAAGGCGAAGCAGGAUGCCGCGCAGCAAACGGACAAGCCGUCGUCACUGCGCGACCUCCUCAAUCCGACGCCGAUUCCAAUCAUCAUAUGCGGCAAGACGGAACAGGUUGGCAGCGGCGUCAUUGAGGGCUUGAAGCCAGAAUUUGAAGUAAUCCACUUCGUUCAAUCACCCGAUUCCGGAGCGGCAAUCAUCCCCGCCAUCCUCUCCGGCAAAACCCCUCCAUCGCACCCGGAUUCUAGCAGCAUCGGGACCGGAAACUACACCGUGCCCCCCCGCGCCGUCGUCCUGGGCUCCCUGUUCGACGAGGCCGGGUUCACGACGAUCAAGAACGCCGUCCUCGCGGACCCGGCGGCCAAGAAUAUCCUCUGGCUUAGGAACGACACCAGCAAGCCCGGCCCGCCGAUCGGCCCAGGCUAUCCGGAGUCAGUCAUCGCGAGGGUCAGGGAGGCCAUGGCGAGAUUGGAGAAGGAGGGGAAACUGGAUGGCGAGUACGCGGGUGAAGAGUGGUACUAA